UUUACUAAUCACGAUUCACGAAGCAUGAUCCUUUUAUUUAUUUUUGCGCGACUGUUGACUGUCGAGGGAGCUUGUAAAUUAAUAUCUUUCCACCUUGCCCUGACUGAAAAAAGUCGGAAAUUUUAUAGAAUUUUCACCUGACCUAGCAGUAAACCAACUUGCUCUUGAUAUAAGAAUUACAACUUACUUAUAUUUAAUAAAAUAUGCCUGAAGUCACAAAAAUGUCUCGACAACUUCGAUGGGGCGUAGCAGGUGUGGGGAUGAUCAGCCACGAUUUUCUGACUGCUAUGGCCUCACUCCCAGCUGAUCAGCAUAAAGUAAUCGCUAUCGCUGGCAAAGACCUAGAUCGUGUUCAUAGAUUAGCUACGCUCCAUAAAAUUCCAACUGCUUAUGAAGGUUACGAAGCGAUGGCGCACGACACCUCAAUAGAAAUCGUAUUCGUCAGCGUACUUAAUAUGCAACAUUAUGAGAUAAGUAAGUUAAUGCUUGAGAAUGGUAAGCACGUUUUGUGUGAGAAGCCAAUAGGAAUGACAUAUAAACAGACUAAGGCUCUUGUCGACCUAGCCCGGGAAAGAAAGCUAUUUCUCCUUGAAGGGAUGUGGUCCCGCUUCUUUCCUGCGUACGAUGCUUUGGAUAAACAUUUAUCGGCUGGCGGUCUUGGGGAUAUAUAUCAUAUUAACAUACAAUUCGGUGUGGAAAUUACAGACUUAGAGCGGAACUUAAUGAAAGACUUGGGUGGCGGAGCGGUACUUGACUUAGGAAUAUAUAUGCUUCAAUUCCUUCAAUUCGUCUACAAGGAGCCCCCAACCGAUAUUGUAUGCACUGGGCAUCUAAGUAAGGUCGGCGUUGACGAGUCCAUUUCUUGCGUGCUGAAGUACAGCGAUGGCAGAACUGCGACUAUAGCAGCGCAUACCAGAGCUACUAUGACGAAUAGAGCCGAAAUUACUGGCACAAAAGGCAGUAUUGCGAUGGACUAUUUCUGGUGUCCAACCGUUUUGCACAUAUCGGCAGCUAAUAUUACGGAAUGGACUCUGCCAAAAGGAAAAUACAGGUUUCACUUCCAUAACAGUGCUGGUCUCAGCUAUCAAAUACAGGAGUGCUGGGACUGUAUUAAUAAAGAUUUACUCGAAAGUCCUAGAAUGAGCCUAGACGAAAGUGUCCUGUUAGCUAAAUUAAUGGACACCAUGAGGGCACAAGUUGGUGUUCUAAAUACAGCCACGUGAAAGUUCCGCUUACAGUGGUAGUUAAAUCGUGUAAUUGAAGAACGAUUGACCUUUUAAAUGCCUUAUUUAUAGAAGAUAUUGGCUAUGCAUACUUAAUAGUUUUCAAAAUACGUAACGUUCAGUAUUUACCUCAACAAAUCUGUGAUUUUAAAUAUUAUGAAGUUGGCACUGUUGUGAAUGAAAUUUACAAAUAAACUAAUUUAUUGAA